CGGAAGUGCUGGUCGGGAGCGUUCUCUCGAGUCCGGGGCGCACCUAGCGGACGCUGCCCAUGGAGGCGUCUAGCGAGCCGCCGCUGGAUGCUAAGUCCGAGGUCACCAACCAGCUUGUAGAUUUUCAGUGGAAACUGGGUAUGGCUGUGAGCUCAGACACUUGCAGAUCUCUUAAGUAUCCUUAUGUUGCAGUGAUGCUAAAAGUGGCAGAUCAUUCAGGCCAAGUAAAGACCAAGUGCUUUGAAAUGACGAUUCCACAGUUUCAGAAUUUCUACAGACAGUUCAAGGAAAUUGCUGCAGUUAUUGAAACGGUGUGAAGACGGAUUCUUUGGUUGAUAAAUUGCUAUCAUUCUAAAGUCAUGGACUUCACUUUCUGCAACAAAACCACAUAAGGAUGGAACAUUUAUUGAAUGAAAAAUGCACUUUUGUUUUUCCAUUUUUUUAAAUAAUAAAAAUCAGAUAAACAGGAAUUGGGUAGUGGUAAUAAAUGCACAACUUUGUGAAUGUGCUUUAUAAAAGUGACUGAAUUAGACACUUUAAAGGGUGUACUUGGUGAUAAUGUGAAUGAUAUAAUCAGACUAACAUUUGAAUCAUUGCUAUUGGAGGCAGCACAAAUUUAUGUGUUAUACAACAGUAGUUUAAAAACUUGUACUGGAUGGAACCCAUUUUAUAAACAAUCUUG